GCCAAGCUGGCCUCCCCGGCCUCCUCGCCGACCUCGGCCCCAGACCUGGAUCCAGACCCGGACCCUGAGCCCGGUGAGCGUCUGGCUCACGAGGAGCAGUAUGUGAGCGUGGGGGAGUGCAGCCAGCUUGAUGCACGUCUGGCGCCACCUGCCUGCAGGGACGCUGAAACUAUCACAGAUGUCUGCAACAGCACCGACCUGCCAGAGUUUGAGAUCAUCAGUCUUCUGGAGGAGCAGCUGCCGGUUUACCGUCUGCGGGCCGACACCGUCUACGGCUACGACAACGAUGACUGGCUCCACACUCCUCUGGUGGCCCCAGACGCCAGGCUCGACCUGACCACCGAGCAGAUCGAAGAGACGCUCAAAUACUUCUUGCUAUGCGCAGACAGAGUGGGCCAAAUGACGAAGACCUACAAUGACAUUGACGCCGUCACACGUCUGCUGGAGGAGAAAGAGAGAGACCUGGAAUUGGCUGCGAAGAUCGGCCAGUCUCUGCUCAAGAAGAACCGAACUCUGACAGAACAGAACGACUACCUGGAGGAACAAGUGGGGCAAAUCACAGAGGAGGUGGCCCAGCUUCACCAUGAGCUGAACCUGAAGGACGAGCUGCUGCAGUUUUACACCAACGCGGUUGAGGAGUGUGAGGAUGAGUCCACCGCUUCCCCCACGGUUAAGAAGAGCAAAGCAGAAUCAGCUUCCGGAGUCUUUCUUAGCGACACUCUUCAGAUGAAACUCAAAGAGCUGGAAGAGGAAAACCUGUCGCUCCGCUCAGAGGCCAGCCAUCUGAAAUCAGAGACGGAAACCUAUGAGGAAAAGGAGCAGCAGCUUGUCAGUGACUGCGUUAAAGAACUCCGGCUAUCCAGUCUGCAGAUCUCUGCCAUUGCUGAGGAGCUGGCAAGGAAAACCGAGGAUGCUUCCCGUCAGCAGGAGGAGAUCACACACCUCCUCUCUCAGAUCGUAGAUCUACAGAAGAAGGCUAAAUCUCUGGCAGUGGAAAAUGAGGAGCUCUCUCAGCACCUAAUAGCAGCAAAGGAUGCCCAGAGGCAGCUUACAGCAGAGCUGCAGGAGCUGGAGGAGAAAUACUCUGAGUGCAUCGAGAUGCUGCAUGAAGCUCAGGAGGAGCUGAAGAACCUGAGGAACAGGAACUACCCAGCAGGAACGCCCCGACGCUAUCACCCGCUGGGGCUCUAUCCAAUGGAUUCUCUGGCAGCAGAGAUCGAAGGAACGAUGAGGAAGGAGUUGAGUUUGGACGAUCCAGAGUGCGAGGAACAGAAGAUCCACCGGAGGCGAGUGUUUGAGACGGUGAAGAGCGUAAACCAAACGGUCCGUCAGCGCUCGCUGACUCCCACCAACUCCAACAUCCCAGGAUCCAACCAGUCGCUGUCCACGCGGACGUCACCCCAGUCCAGCGGGCUCUCCACCCCUCGCUCCAACAUGUUUGGUGGAGACAUUGGUCUUGCCUUUGACAACCGGACUCAGAGCAUCCUCAUGGAGACGGCAUCCAAUCAGGACAGCUUGGAAUGCAGAGAGAAGAAGGCAAGCGGGGCUGAGGACCUGCGGCUGGCCCUGCGCCGCCUGUCUCUGCGCCGCCAAAACAACCUGAGCGAGAGGCGCUUCUUUGAAGAGGAGAGAGAGCGCCGGCGGGCUGGGGUGCAUGGAGCCCUCGACCACGAGAACCUGCUGACACCCUCGGACAGCAUCAUGUCGCUGGGAAACCUCCACCUGUGGGCCUCCCGGGGGCCUUACCUCCCAGACAAGCUCCAGAUCGUCAAGCCGCUUGAAGGCUCGGCCAUCUUGCACCAGUGGCAGCAGCUAGCGCAGCCUCACCUGGGUGUGAUCCUGGACGCCAGGCCGGGGGUCGUGCCAAAGGGCUACCGGCCCCUGGAACUGGAGCUGGAACAGGUGUACCCUUGGGGCGGUAUUGAGGAGGAAGAUCCAGGAGAGCAAUACUUCCAGAAUCUGCCCACCUCCCCAUCCACUGCUUCACCGGCUGUGCCCCUCGUCUCCUCAACAGGGGAAGCCAACAUCAGACAGCCUCCAGGAAGCAUGGGCCCUCCCUCUCCACCUUCUCCCUCCCCGUCACCACAUCUUAGCAACACGGAUGCACUGGCUGCAUACUAUCCAGGAAAAUGCAUGGCUCACACCAGCUCUACUUACACCUUUACAACAUGCCGCAUCCUCCAUCCAACAGACGAGCAGACACGGGUCACACCCAGUCUAAACCCUGUUCCUGCGUCCUCCUCCUGUGUGAUGACCAGCAGUCAGUGGGGUACGCCUGCUGCUACUCCCUGCACGCCUCGCAGGCUCAGUCUCAGACCCUCGGAAUCAUCGACCAACCUCAGAGAUGGAACACGCACCACCAGCACUUCCCUGGGGUUAGUGCGCCUCCUCCAGGAGAGAGGGAUCUCUGCAGCCAUGUAUCACCAGAGCCAGGGGCCUGAGUACAGUCAAGGUUCUGGAGGAGUUCUGUUCAGCACUUCCAUUGCACCAAAUAGAGAAUCCAAUGCAGAACCGCUGCGCCCCAUGACUCCUCCAAAUUCCCCGACAAGGCCAGGAGCCUCAGCUGCUAUAACCUCUGAGGGCUUUGACUUCAAGAGCCCGUCUUAUGAUAACUUUCUAGCCUCCAAACCGGCCCGCUCCAUCCUGAAGGAAGUAACGGGAACAAGAGGCAGGCAAAGAGCGAGGGACUGCGAAUGCCAGACGGACGUCAGCGUGGCUGUCCACAACCUCAACCUGCUGGACAAGGUGAAGCGGCUGGGGGUGGCUGGAGGCAGGGCAGUGAGCCCAAGCCCCCUCCUGGGAUCUCUUGGAGGUCUGCGCAGGUCUGGUUCUCCGUUUGGGCCGGAUGGAAUAAGAAGAAACCGAAGUUAUCCGGCCAUGGUCGGAGCCAGUAUGGCCAUGAAAGCACCGGGACCCCAGGAGUAGUCUGGACCGCUGCUGGUUGUGAGAGGAACAGGACUGACUGCAGAGCGGUCACAAGCAACACACCGACACCGUCAGUUUAAAAAUCCCCUCUGCAGUUCUACUUGAAUCAUAUCUGCACUGUAAUACUUAUUAAAAAGUCGACUGAUGCCUAAAAUAACUAAAAUAACUAAAAUAGGAUUAAUGCAUAUAGUCUUUCAGCCAUGAAAAUAUGAGCAGUUAUACUUUAUGUCACUGAACAUCAAGAAACUCUCUUAGAGGUUUUAAGGAGCUAAACAAACCUCUUUUCAAAAGGUUUUGAAUGUUUUCUCAGAAUCAUCAGGAACUUUUCAUUAUUUAUUUUUUUUCACAGUAUUUAAAUUGAAGGGAAACGUCAGAUUUUUGAUGUGGGGGUUCUGGUCAGAGGUUAUGACCAGUAAAUGUCAUGCUUUAGAAACAAAUAAUUUGUUUGUAAUUUCUCCUGUAUUAAAUAUACAAAAUAAAAGGAAAUUGGAUUUUUUUUU